AUGGCCGCCGAGCAGCAGCCUGUGCGUUUCGGGAUCCUGGGCUGUGCUGAAAUAGCUCGCAAAGUGUCCCGCGCCAUGAUACUCAGCCCCAACUCCACUAUCGUUGCUAUUGGCAGCCGAUCGCUCGAGAAAGCUGUUAACUUCGCAAAAAACAACGGCUUCCCGGUUUCAGCCAAGGCAUACGGUUCUUACGAUGCCGUAUUGGACGACCCCAACGUCGACGCCGUAUAUAUCCCGCUGCCCACUAGCCUCCACCUCCAAUGGGUGGUUGCCGCGGCUAAGAAGAAGAAGCACAUACUUUUGGAAAAGCCGGUGGCUCUGAACGUGAAGGAGCUGGAUUUGAUUCUGGAGGCGUGUGAAUCCAAUGGGCUGCAGUUCAUGGAUGCUACCAUGUGGAUGCACCAUCCAAGGACUUCUAAAAUGAAAGAAUUCCUCUCUGAUUCUCACAGUUUUGGCCAGCUUAAAACGAUACACAGCAUUUUUUCAUACAACAGCGGCGAUGAUUUUCUGAAAAACGACAUCCGUGUGAAGCCAGAUCUUGAUGCUCUAGGUGCUCUUGGGGACACCGGGUGGUACUGUAUUCGUGCAAUCUUGUGGGCUACUGACUACGAACUGCCUAAAACUGUAACUGCCUUGCCCGAUGCAGAGUUCAAUGAAGACGGGGUAAUUCUAUCCUGCGCUGCUUCUUUACGUUGGGACGAUGGGAAACGAGCAACUUUCUACUGUUCUUUCCUCACCAAUUUAACUAUGGAUAUCAGUGUUCUUGGUGCCAGUGGAUAUUUACGUGUCCAUGACUUUGUAAUUCCUUUCCAAGAGAAUGUUGGACCAUUUUAUGUAACAGCAAACACCAAAUUUGCUGAGCUAGCAAUUGGGAUUGAACCUGCACCAACUGAACACAAAAUCAAUACAGAUCUUCCCCAGGAAGCCCUUAUGGUGAAGGAGUUCUCGGGUUUAGUUUCCGGUAUAAAAGAACACGGUUCGGGUACUGAAAAGAAAUGGCCAACCAUCAGUAGAAAGACACAGAUUCUUGUUGAUGCUGUGAAAGCAUCAAUUGAGAAAGGUUUUGAGCCUAUUGAGGUUGUGUUCUAG